AUGCAAUACCAUGCGGAAUCGUGGGGAUCAUACAAGAUGAACAACAUAGGAUACGGCGGCAUGGGGAUGGCGGACACAGGCCUGCUUCGCAUAGAGUCUCUGGUGGCGGAGAGCGCGGUGGUGAUAUUCAGCGUGAGCACGUGCUGCAUGUGCCACGCCGUGAAGGGGCUCUUCCGGGGAAUGGGCGUCAGCCCCGCCGUCCACGAGCUUGACCUCCACCCCUACGGCGGCGACAUCCAGCGAGCACUCAUCCGCCUCCUCGGCUGCUCCGGCGCCUCUUCUCCGGGGGCUCUCCCGGUGGUGUUCAUCGGCGGUAAACUUGUAGGAGCGAUGGACAGAGUCAUGGCAUCUCACAUCAACGGCUCUCUCGUUCCACUGCUCAAAGACGCCGGCGCUCUUUGGCUCUGA